AUGCUCUCUCCACUCUUGAUCCUCGCUACUGUGAGCUCGCUACUCGGACAGUCUUGUGCUCUUCCACCGCCUGGUCCUCCCAGCCCUCCUGGUCCGCCUGGUCCGCCUGGUCCGCCUGGUCCGCCUGGGCCCCCAGAACCUCCUGGACCUCCUGGCCCUCCCAGCUCGAACUACAUUGACUGGAGAAACUUCAAGGCCAACGGUGUCAACCUCGGUGGCUGGCUGGUGCAAGAAUACUUCAUCGAUACAGCAUGGUGGGACGCCAAUUCCGGCGGCGCAAGUGAUGAGUGGGGUCUCUGCGCAAACCUAGGCUCUCGUUGCGGCCCUGUGCUGGAAAAGAGAUAUGCCACUUGGAUCACCUACGCCGACAUCGAUAAGUUGGCUACUGUAAACAUCAAUGUGUUGCGCAUUCCAACCACAUAUGCUGCAUGGAUCAAACUUCCAGGCACCCAACUGUACUCUGGCAAUCAACAAAAGUAUCUCAGAGAUAUUGCGUUGUAUGCCAUCAAGAGAUAUAACAUGCACAUCAUCGUUGACAUUCACUCCCUGCCCGGCGGUGUCAACGGUCAAGGCAUUGGCGAAGCAGAUGGCCAUUAUGGCUGGUUCCACAACCAGACUGCCCUCGCCUACUCCUACAAAGCUGUUGACGCUGUCAUCGCUUUCAUCCAAUCCUCCGGCUUUCCGUCCCAUUUCACCAUCGCUCCCAUCAACGAACCUGUCGACAACACUGACUUCUCUGCCUUUGGCUCUCCCUAUGCACUUUCAGACUCUGCAGCCGACUACCUCACAAACUUCACCAAAGGCGUCUUGCAACGCGUAGGCAAAGUCAACUCCAGAAUCCCAGUCAUGCUCCAAGACGGCUUCAAAGGCGAAUCCUACUUCUCGCCCUCAUUUCCCAAAUCCACAAACCUCGUCUUCGACAUCCACAGUUACUACUUCGCAGGUAGAAACGCUUAUGCCUCUAACGUCACAUCCUACAUCUGCACCGAUGCCAAAGCUGCAGUAGGCGAUGGCAAAUUUCCCGUCUUUGUUGGCGAGUGGGCGAUUGAAGCCCAAUACAACAACACUUUUGCUUCGAGGCAGGGUAACUUGGCUGCAGGUCUAUACGCGUUCAGCAAAAAGACUUCGGGGAGUGCUUAUUGGACUGCCAAAGUGGCGGCUCCGAGCGCAUUCAAGCCAUUCGAUGGACAAGGCAGCAGAAGUGAUUACUGGAGUUAUGAAAACUUUAUCGAUUUGGGUCUCUUGAAACACGCUCAAGUGGCUCCUGGAUAUUGUCAAUGA